GGGAAAUUUCCACUCAAAUCUUAAAGUGAAGUCUGAAAAAAUUUCAUUUGAAGUAAGUGUCUGAAAGCGUAUAGUAUAGGAAAGUUUUUAGCUUUUGUUUGAAAAGAUGAAAAGAUUGACGGAAAUAAUUGUGCUUCUGAUACUGGCCGUUUUCCAGGUUAAACCCAGUGAUGCUGCUUCUGAUGACCUACGUACUGCAUUCAGUUUUGCCAAGAACUUGGAAACUGCUUAUCAACAAGCAAAAUCUCGAUCAUUGCCCAUUAUGCUCAUUACCCAUAAGUCAACUUGUCCAGCAUGUAUAAGACUUCGACCAAAAUUAACUGGAAGUAAUGAAGUGAUAACUCUGAGCCACAAUUUCAUCAUGGUAAAUAAUGGUGAUAGAGAAGAUGCCAAAGCUGAAGCGGUUCGACCUGAUGGUGGUAACUACUAUCCGAGGAUCAUAUUUUUCGAUAAGUUUGGCAAUGUUCUUGGCGAUAUAAUUAAUGCCAGCCAACCGAAGUACAAAUAUUAUUUCUCUACUGAAGCUCAAGUCGUUGCCGCAAUGAAGGAAGCCAUUGACAUCAAUAAAAGAAUUUGAGCAGAUGUUUGGUUUCAUACUGAAGAAUGUGCUAUAAUUAAAUU